AUGGCCUGGCCACUGGGCGCUGGCGGGUGCAGUCUCGCUGUUGAUUUGCUGUCUGCCCGGCCCGGGCCUUUGACACCGCCAGCGGCGCGGGCACGGAUGCCGCCAGCGCGAGUGAUCAUGAAAUCUGCAGAUGGCUGUGAUUUGGCAGUGCGGCCGCAUGACGGCCGCAGUGUGGGCCGCUUCGGGUAUCGCCGGCUGACCAUGGUGGAACGGAGCGCCAGUGUGGCGGUUGCUCUCUUGUUGGUUUGGUUGCUGUCAGUCCCGCGUGGUCCGUGGCAUCGCGCAGCUGUUCUGGUGAAGAACAGAGUCCAUUGGUUUUCCUUGAUCCUCGGCCUUGUGUGGCUUCUGGGUUCUGCAUGGCUCAGCGCAUCGAUGCUGAAGAUAUUGGCUGUGAUGUUGUUUGCACGGCCCAAACUGCUCCCGCCCAGCGACAUGUUGCCCUCCGCCUUCAGUACCAUCAGGGAACUCUCUGAGAAGGUGACCGUGCACCUGCUGCGAAAAGCACCUCUCGAGGGGAAGGAAACCAAAGAGUUUCUGCCGGUACUAUGUUUCCACGGCUUUGGGGCCAAUGGCAGCUCAUAUGAAGAUUUGCUUGAACCACUGACCGAAGAAAUGCCCGAUGCGUUGGUACUUUGCCCGGAUCAGGUGGGUUUUGGACUUUCCAGGAGGCCUUCCCUACACAUCAGCAGUCAGCUGCAGCGCAAUGACCUGGCGAAGCAUUUGCUGCGCCCCAAGGGUGAGUCGGGGAUGGCUCUGCUGGAUGACCUCACGACUUUGCAGAUGUAUACCCUUAGUGGCAAUGCUGUCAUCGCUCGUGCCGUGUUGGACGCUGAACCGGCGACCGUGAAAGAGCAGGUGGUGAUUGGACACUCCAUGGGAGCCAUCACGGCAGCGGCCCUGGCAGUGAGCAGCGCAAGAAGUGGUCACAAAGUCAAGUUGGUGCUGGAAAGCCCGGCCUUUUUGUCGAAGCCGUGCGACCGCUUGGAGCCGUCCAAGAUCGGCAGAGUCACGGCAUUGGCGCUGCGCUGGCAGAGGACAGUGCUGCGUUUGGUGUUGCAAUUGCCAGGGCUCACCUACAGCAGGCGUUUCUGGCAGCGAGGUUUGGCCAUGGCGGCGCCAAUGGAUGAGGAACGGGCGCGAUUGCAGGUGCUGCGCUAUCGUUGGCCCAGUCUGUCGGAGCACUGGGCCCUGGGCUUGGCAAACUUCGUCACCGCGCGCCUCAUCACCAUGGAGGACGGAUUGGUGUUGCACGAGCUGAUCGAAGCAUCUCUAGAAGGGAACUUGCGCGUGCUGAUCAUCACGGGCGAUCAGGAUCGAGUGGUGCCGCUGGCCCGAAGCAAAGAUCUGCAGAGCUUGCUGCGCUGCGAUCUCCAGAUGAUGGAGGCCAUCAUCCACUCAUUCCCAAAUGGAGGCCAUGUCUACUAUUUUGGGGGUAAAAUGGUAAUUGGAUAA